AUGGAACGUUGGUCCAACAAAGUUGCUUUAAUCACUGGUGCCGGGUCUGGUAUUGGAAGGUGCUUGACUGAAUGCUUGGUUGGCAAAGGAAUGACGGUUGUUGGCAUUGGUCGUCGUAUUGAAAAAAUAAAGGCACUUGCAGAAGAACUGAAGUCGAAACCAGGAAAACUGUUUCCUCUGCAAUGCGACCUUUCUAAUCAAAAUGAUAUUAUGCGUGUGUUGGAAUGGAUUGAGAAGAACCUAGGAACUGUUAACAUCCUUAUCAAUAACGCUGCCACUAACACCGAUGCCACAAUGCACACCGGUGAAAUGGAUGAUUGGAAGAAGGUCUUCGACGUAAACUUCCUCGGACUGACUUGCAUGACCAAGGAAGUCCUGAAAUUGAUGAAGAAAAAAGGAAUCGACAACGGUGUUAUUAUAAACAUUAACGACGUGUGUGGACUGAAGGUACCAACCACUCGUGAUCGUCCAGUAUCUCCAGCUUACAUUGCCAGCAAAACUGCUUUGACUGCGUUGACGGAAUCCCUCCGUUCAGAAUUGGCACAGCUUAAAUCCAACAUCAAAGUGAUUUCCAUUUGUCCUGGUUUGGUGGAGACUGAGAUGACCGCACAAUGGUUGAGAGAGAAUCCGCGUCUGGCUUUGAAACCCAAAGACGUGUCCGACUGUGUGCUGUUCGCAUUGCAGACUCCAGACAACGUUCUCAUCAAAGAACUUACAGUUACGCCAAUUCGUGAGACAAUGUAAAAAGUAACAGUAGUUAGAUAUCGUACAUUUUUUGCUGUUUGCUUUAACAGAAAACAUUACAAUUGACGCAUUGUAAAUAUAUAAAA